GGAAACAUUUUAUUAGAUAAAAUGAAGUUAUAUAUGAAAAUAAUUAUUAAUUAAAAAGUUUGUCAUCACUUAUUGUGAACAAUUGGAUCAAUCAUAUGGUAUAAUGUUUAAAGUGGAUGAGUUUGUAUUGGGAGGACUGAGUGCUUGCUGUGCGGGUGUCAUAACAAACCCAUUAGAAGUGGUGAAGACACGGAUCCAAUUGCAAGGAGAGCUCAAAAGUCGGGGACAUUAUGUGGUUCACUAUCGCAAUGUUUUUCACGCCUUUUACGCGAUUGCAAGCAAUGAAUCAGUACUGGCCUUACAAAAGGGUUUAGUGCCGGCACUUUGGUAUCAGUUUUUUAUGAAUGGCAUCCGAUUCGGUGCCUACCAGUGCUUCGACAACUUUGGACUUACCAGGAAUGCCAACGGAGACGUCAUAUUUCACAAAAGUGUUGUGUUUGGCGCCGCUUCGGGAGCCGUCGGGUCUUUUAUUGGAAGUCCUUUUUAUUUGGUGAAGACCCAUUUGCAGAGCCGAUCCUCAGCACAUAUAGCUGUGGGUCAUCAACAUUCACAUUCAACAAUGACUGGCGCUUUGACCUCCAUCUACAAGAACUACGGUAUUAUAGGUUUGUGGAGGGGUUGCGCCGCCUCCAUGACUCGCGUCACUAUUGGUGGGGCCAUUCAAUUGUCAACAUUUGCUUCAGUUAAAACAUUUAUUGAUAAGUCAAAGAUUAUACCGACUGAUAGUUUUCUUAACUCAUUGGCGGCUGCAAUGGUCGGUGGUUUGGCCGUUACAUUACUGAUGACUCCUUUUGAUGUCAUAUCGACCCGACUUUAUAAUCAACCGGUCGAUGAAAAGACUGGUAAAGGACUGAAAUACUCGGGAAUAUUUAACUGUAUGCACAAGAUUGCCACCACUGAAGGCAUUUUAGGCUUUUAUAAGGGAUGGACGGCCUCUUUGCUUAGGUUAGGUCCACAUACUGUCCUCAGUCUUCUGUUUUGGACUGAAAUUAGGAAGAAAUAUAUGUCUUUUAAACAAAAGUUUGAGCCGAAGUCAUCUCAAAUCAAUACAAUAAGUCGCACAACGACUACGUAA